AUGUGGUGGAGGAGAAGAGCACUGAGCGUGGCUGCCCUGCUGCUUGUCACCUGCGCGUCCUUCACAGACGUGUGGGCGUCCGGCGACGCGCUGGAUGUCUGCUCCACCUGCCACGUCAAUGCCACGUGUGAGGUGAAUGCGGACGGCCGCAAAGCCUGCAACUGCAUGUAUGGGUUCGUGGGCAAUGGGCGCACGCACUGCCAGGACAAAGACGAGUGCCAGGUUGGUGCCAGAAAUAUCUGCGGUGAUCACACGGCCUGCCACAACACCCAUGGAAGCUUCUACUGCACGUGUGAGAGCGGCUACAGGCCGUCCAACAACAUGACCGUGUUCAUCCCGAACGACGGCACCUUUUGCGAUGAUAUUGAUGAGUGUCAGGUUCAGGACAUUUGUGGGGAAGGAGCAAAUUGCAGCAACGUUCGGGGCAGUUUCAGCUGCCGCUGCAAGAUGGGAUAUCGAAUCCAGAAUGGGUCAGAACCGUUUCAGCCAGGCUGGGGCACGUCCUACUGUGAAGCCAUUGACUGCGGUCCACCUCCGUCUCCCAGGAAUGCCAUCAUGCUCUUUGCCGAGGGGACACGCUAUGGCAGCUUGGUGAGCUUUGACUGCAUGGAAGGAUUUCUCUUGAAAACUGGGAGUAAGCUGAUGCAGUGUGGAGCUCAGGGUCUUUGGGAUGGCCCCAGUCUGCUCUGUGUAGAGGUGGACUGCGGUGAGCCGCCCUCCGUCCCCCACGCUGCCGUGUUGCGGGGUCAGGCCACCGGGAUGGGUGCCGGAGUGCAGUACCGCUGUCACGAGGGAUUCUAUAACGCUGGGACAGGCAAUUCUUCACACUGUACCUCUAACGGUUCCUGGGACCCUGUAAAAAUGCUCUGUCAAGAGGUGGACUGCGGUGAGCCGCCCUCCGUCCCACACGCUGCCGUGUUGCGGGGUCAGGACCGGAUGGGUGCCGAGGUGCAGUACCGCUGUCACGAGGGAUUCUAUAACGCUGGGACAGGCAAUUCUUCACACUGUACCUCUAACGGUUCCUGGGACCAUGUAAAUAUGCUCUGUCAAGAGGUGGACUGCGGUGAGCCGCCCUCCGUCCCCCACGCUGCCGUGUUGCGGGGUCAGGCCACCGGGAUGGGUGCCGAGGUGCAGUACCGCUGUCACGAGGGAUUCUAUAACGCUGGGACAGGCAAUUCUUCACACUGUACCUCUAGGGGGAGCUGGAGCAGGGCGGCGAUGAUCUGUACAGCUCUCUGUGGACCCGCCCCGACGCUGGUCCAUACCGUGGUUCUGUGGCAGAAUGGCACCAUGGCACUGCAUCGCUGCCAGGAGGGGUAUCGCCGCCACCGGGGCAGCAAUGUGUCCUGGUGCGACAACAGCGGCAAGUGGCUAGCAGCCAGCCUGCACUGCAGAGAGGUGAAGCCAGCCAUCAGGAAGCUGGAGGUUUAUAACGAACAUUGUGUGCGAUGGAAAGCAAAUGUCUAUUCUGGAGAGCAGGAAGAAUACAAGUGUGAACCAGGUUCAUUCGUAGGGUCCAGGGUCUACGAUAGGUUCUUCCAGCACCUCGGGGGGAAGGAUUUCGUCUCAGGGGCCAGUAGACUGGAACUCUGCCUGAAUCUCCUGCCAGGAACCAACUAUAGCAUCAACGUGACAGUGCUGUCGUCCCGCUUCUCCCUCUGCGUUUCCACCAGCACUUCCGUUCGAGCCCCUCCGCCUCCCGACGUCAUUUUCCGAGACGUGGAGAGCCCCUUCCCCACCCUGUGGCUCCGCAGAGUCGUCCACACGUUGGACCGCAUCAGUGUGUACCAGGUGUUUGUGCUGCCUCUCACGGGCACGGUGGUGUUCGACUGCUCGUCUCCCGGUGCCCCGCACUUCUACGACUGCGGGGAGCCCUGCCAGGCCUACGUGACGGCCCAGAUCAGCCUGGCCGAUGUCGGGACUGAGGUGCACUUCACCGUUGGAGACGAGCGGCACUACGGGGGGUACUACAAUGCCCCUCUGCAGCCUGGCGGAGACUACUAUGUCAUCCUGCGUGCCGUCAGCCAGUGGGCAGGGGUUAGAAGGCAGUCCUGUGUUAUCUGGGCCAAAGUAAGGGGGAUGUCCUACAUUAUACAGUCUACAACGCUAAUAGCAGGAGGCUUCGUGGGACUGGUGGCCUUGGUUCUGUUCUUAGUGCACUCAUACACCUGGUACUGUAAGAAGACAUGAAAGAGACACCUGAACAGCUCUUCUUCCAUUGUAGCGUCUCCUCCGAUGCUCAGAUACACAAACGCCGUAAAAGCUCUCUGCUUAAUGUGCUUUUGGAAUUUUGUACACCAUUUACUUCUGCCCUAAUUCAUACUUCUUCAUAAAUGAUAGUUACCUAAAUGUGUAGCCCUUCUCUCCUCUUCUUUGGUUACCAGGGUAUUGUUCACCUUUAAUGUAGUAUAGCUGUGCUCUUUAACACUGACACUGUAACUUGCUAAUAGUGCUGGUUUCAGAUUCU